UGGGUGUGGGAGAGCCCUGGCGGGAGCGGGACCCAUGGCCCUCCCAUGCGCCCCGCCCUCACAACCCGCCCCUCGCCCUCCCGCCCACAGCGCGCGAGGCGGGCAGCGCGGUCGAGGCCGAAGAGCUGGUGAAGAGUGGUCUGGCGUGGGAGCCGCAUGCCAACGACACGCGGGAGGAGGCCGGCCUGCCAGCAGCUGGGGACGAUGAGACCUCGUGGAUGGCGCCCGGCGGCGCCAGAGGGCCCGAGGAGGUGCUGCAGACAUCGGUUGCAGUGACCGGUACCACCUGGCUAGAGGCUGACAGCCCAGGCCUGGGCGGAGUGACCGCAGAGGCUGGCAGUGGUGAUGCCCAGGCCCUUCCAGCCACGCUCCAGGCUCCUGUCGAGGCCCUCGGGCAGUCAUCAAUGGUCCCCACCACUCCUGAGGCUGCAGAGGCCAGUGGACCACCCUCCCCCACCCCUGGCGACAAGCUGAGCCCAGCUCCUGAGCUCCCCAAGGAGAGUCCUUUGGAGGUUUGGCUGAAUCUAGGAGGCAGCACACCCGACCCUCAAGGGCCAGAGCCAACUUCCCCCUUUCAGGGCACACCGGAGGCCCAACCAGCAUCAGAUAUAAUUGACAUCGACUACUUCGAAGGAUUGGAUGGUGAGGGUCGUGGUGCAGACCUGGGGAGCUUCCCAGGGUCACCAGGAACCUCUGAGAGCCACCCUGAUACUGAGGGAGAGACCCCCUCUUGGAGCCUGCUUGACUUAUAUGAUGACUUCACCCCCUUUGACGAAUCUGAUUUCUACCCCACCACAUCCUUUUAUGAUGACUUGGAUGAAGAAGAGGAAGAAGAGGAAGAUGACAAAGAUACAGUGGGAGGUGGAGACCUGGAAGAUGAAAAUGACCUCCUAGUGCCCACUGGGAAGCCUGCUCUGGGGCCUGGGACAGGCCAGCCUACCAGUCGGUGGCAUGCUGUUCCUCCUCAGCAUACUCUAGGGAUGGUCCCUGGCAGCAGCAUCGCCCUCAGGCCCCACCCAGGAGAGCCAGGCAGAGACCUGGCCUCAAGCGAAAAUGGCACUGAAUGCCGCAGUGGCUUUGUGCGGCAUAAUGGCUCCUGCCGGUCAGUGUGCGACCUCUUCCCAAGUUACUGUCACAAUGGCGGCCAGUGCUACCUGGUGGAGAACAUAGGGGCCUUCUGCAGGUGCAACACUCAGGACUACAUCUGGCACAAGGGGAUGCGCUGUGAGUCCAUCAUCACCGACUUCCAGGUGAUGUGCGUGGCCAUCGGCUCGGCCGCCCUCGUACUGCUCCUACUUUUUAUGAUGACAGUGUUCUUCGCCAAGAAACUCUAUCUGCUCAAGACAGAGAACACCAAGCUGCGUAGGACCAACAAAUUCCGGACCCCAUCUGAACUCCACAACGAUAACUUCUCCCUCUCCACCAUUGCCGAGGGCUCUCACCCAAAUGAUGAUCCUAAUGCUCCCCAUAAAAUCCAAGAAGCUCUCAAAUCCUGCCUGAAAGAGGAGGAGUCAUUUAACAUCCAAAACUCCAUGUCACCCAAACUUGAGGGUGGCAAAGGUGACCAGGCUGACUUGGACGUGAACUGUCUUCAGAAUAAUUUAACCUAAAGCAGAGCAAGAAGAGAGGAAAUAGGGGGUGGGGGGUGGGGGCAGGGGAAGAAACAUUAUCUCCUCUUGUACAGAGCCUAUUUCUUGUAACCAUUUGUUAAACUCUUUCUUUUUCUGAUCUCAUGGCAUGCUUUGAUGUAUUUUGUACAGGAGGCAAAAAAAAAUACUUAAAAUUAAGCAAAGAAAUGGAACGGAAUUGCAUAUAUUGGGUUGUUUUGUCUGUGCUGUCUGUACAUUGCUUCUGCUGCUGUGAUUUCUAAACCUGUGCUGUUAUUCAACUGACUUUUUUUUUUGUACUUUGACCCACCCUUUUUUUGAAAUACCAGUAAAAGUUCUUGAAAUAAAACUUUUUAAAAAG